AUGUCCUUGCUCGCACCCUUCGGGUUCGGUCAGAAGCACUCGUACUUCCACGUUCAGCUCACCAUCCACGAGCUCACCAAUGUACCUCUUGUCACCGGUUUCUUCGCCUGCAAAUGGAAGAUCCAAGGCUCCCACUCUCUCGCAAGCCUGCAGCAUUCUGCAGCUGCCGCCCUCCACCAGCAAACCUCGCAAGCUGUGUCGACCGCUGCCCGCAAAGCACACUCGAUCUCUGCCAAAGACGCCGCCAAGGACAUUCACGCUACCGAUCACGAAUCAGGAGCAUCCAACGAUCUAGCGCUCGGUCCACCUCACGAGCAUGCCAGCGGCUCCACCAGUAAUGCAGACGAAGCUUCCAUUCUGAGCAAGUCCAGCAAGGACACGUCUCAGCAUGCUUCUAAUAAAUAUGGCUUUCUCAAUAAUCUGAUACGUCCAUCGCAAAACCACCACCACCACCACCACAACAACAACAACAAUCAAAGCUCGGAACACACGGACGACCACGAACCGCCAUCCGAGUCAGGAAAACCAGCGGCAUCAGCUGAAGCAAGCAGUCAAACUUCCCUCACUUCACCUGCUGAUGUGUCUGAAAGCGUCACUUCGAGUCCAGUCUCGCGCAGAGACAGCAUCACAAGCCGCAAAACCUCCCACUCUCGAUCAAAGGCGCUCAAAGGCCUCAUACGUCCUCAUGCCUCCGACAAGCACGAUCACAACGUCGACCCGCUCCUCUUUUUCUCUCAGGAGCCCAAGGGCGAGACCGACUUUGUCAAAGUUCACGAUCACAAGGUCGAGUGGGAGCGCGACGUCGAGGUCGGCAUGCGCAUCGGGAUUGGCAAGCCCAAGACCUCGUCUCCCAGCCAUAGUCGCCAUGACAGCCCCGCCGUUUCGGCAAAGUCGAGUGCAAAGGAUCUCCGAUCGCGCUCCAACCGCGACCAGCACCUUGAUGAUCUGUCCACCGCCUGGGGUCGUCUCACCAACUCGGAACUCAAGCUCACCAUCAAACAAGAGAUGCCCGCCCAUGCCAAGUCCACCACUCAUCCUUCCGUACUUGGCCAUGUUGUCCUCGAUCUCUCCGAGUUUGCACCCAAUCCCCCCGCAGCGAGCUUGAAAGGGCGUCACCGUCACCAUCACCAUCACCAUCACCACCACCAUCAUCAUCACCAUCGCCACGGACCUGGAGGAGAGCAUUCGUAUCGGGAUCGUGUAUGUCGUACUGAGACGCGCAAGUUCUUGCUCAACGACAGCAAGAUCAAUGCCACUAUCAAGAUCACCAUCAGCAUGACGUUCCUCGGCGGCGCGCGCGAGUACUAUGUUCCACCUAUCUCGAAUGGCCUCAUGGUCAACGGCUUGGGGUCCAUUAUGGCUCCUUCUUUGCUUGAAGCCAGCCACGACUCGUCUCCGGCACGCCCCGGCAGUGAUCCUGCGUCCUCGCACAGUGGCAGCGCGGGUAGCAGUCUGCGCAAUGAGCCCAUCCGCGCCAGUGCUUCCGUUCGAAAUCAGAGCCUCAUGGGCAGUGGCUUGCCGAGUGCCAGCAGCUUCACACUCAACCACAUGAAUUCGUCGGCUUACUCGCAUCACAGCAUGUACGGACCUCCGCUGAAGUCCAUCUAUACCAAGAAGACCUGGACCAAUCGCAUCCCCGACGAGAACCUCGUUGCUACUGCUCCUGGCGCGGACGGUGCCAAGAAAAAGACGCAACGCCACCACGAGCCGUCCUCUUUCUCCGGGCGCUCUCAAGGUGAUCGUGCGCCCGAAGACGUUGUCAAUGCUAUCUUCAAAGGUAUCUCCGUCGGUGGCAGCCACCAUGGUCAGGUGCAUGACCAAGCCGCGGCUGCCAAAGCGGCUGCUGCCCGUGCCGCCAGAGCCGAGCGAGCUGCCGCCAUGGUCGACUCCCAGACGCGCCAAUUGAGGCACAAGGCGAGCAAGUCUUCGGAAAGAUCACGAUCGCGCGAACGUCCUCGCACCGUAAGCUCGGCGUCACAUCUAUCCAAAAAGUCGGAACGCUCAUUCUCCUUCGGCCUAAUUCGCCCCAAGGACAAAGACAAGGAAAAGGAAAAGGAGCGCAAAGAGAACCAGAAGGAGAAGGAGAAAGCCAAAGUAAAGAAGGACGGCAAGAAAGGCCACAAGGGCAGUUCAAUCGCAGCCGACUCGGACAGUGUGCAUGUAGACAAAGCACAAAGCCGUCAUCUCAGCGUUCUCGGUGCCGAUGCUGGGAAACUGACGCCCGGGCCACUGGUCCUGUCGCCAUCUGCCUCUACAGACACACUCCAACGCACCAACAGCGAUUCUGCGGUUGUGCCACCAACCAGCGCAACACGCUCUUCUGCUAAGCGACUUUCGUCUGUUCGUUGGGACUUGGGUAGUAGCGGCGAUGAUGCGACAGGAAACCCUCGACCGUCGCAAGAGACGACGCCAAUAGCCGAGACGUUUCACGACAAGGAAGCACAGGAUCGGGCUGCCAUGCCACCGCCGCCGUCCGUCGUCGUGGAUCAUGCUUAUAUCCCUGUUCGUGCGGGAGGUAUUACUGCUGCUUCUUUGUCUUCUGUCGAUGUGACGGCCAACGCCUCGAGCAGUUGGCCAGUCGCGGGAGCCAAGAGUACAGCGUCGUCUGCAGAUAGCGCGCCCCUCUCUCCCAAACAGCAGAUGGCUAACAAUGCCUACGCCGACGCAGACAGCCGUCAGUCCUCUUUGUCAUCUGCAAACGGCUCGGACGAUGGGAAGAAGGUAAGCUCCAGCGAUCUGAAGGCACUGUAUCGGGCCGAGCUCUCGAUGCCUCCGAGUCUGUCCAACAAUGCCUCGGUGGGUCUCGAGCGGCUCAAACGUACCAGCCGUGCUAACGAUCAGUUCGCCAAGGAUCCUUCCAUAACGUCCCGUCUUGGGACGAGCUCGGAUCUACUACCUGCGAACGACAGCCAAGGCGUCUCUGGCCGUGAAAGGCGUUCGAAGGGCAACCGUGGUAUCGAGCCGUCGGAAGCCGCGUCCAAGGGCUGGCAUGGAGCAGGCUGGCUUCGUCCCACCUCGACUGCGCCUGCUCCUCUUCCUCCCUGUUCAGAUUCAUCGUCAUCUUCGGGGGACGAAGAGCUUGACGAAGAAGACUUCGAAGACGCUAGAUCGAAUCGGUUUGGUUCGAACGCUUCCAUCAAGUCGGACGACAGACGACGAUCCUCUGCUACCGACCAAACCUCCUUUUCCGACCCUCCGGCCACGCCACGCAUUUCGGCAUCCGAGAGAUCAAGACCGCCACGCGAGCGCGAGUCCUCUUCUGGGACUAUCUAUCAUAAUGUGGACGAAGAAGGGGACUGGGCAUAUGCCGGAGAGCCUGGCAAGACGUCGCAACCCGCCAUGGCCACGACCGAACUUCCUCUAUACGGCACAGCCGCCUAA